AGGGAGACUGGGUUUUCUGAGUUUGUCAGCUCCCCCUAAAAUAGCAGUCAGCGUGUAAAUGUGAACUGAAAUUACGUUUAUCCACUGGAGCCACCGAUAUAGAGUGUCUAUACACGGCGACUGGCUUGGGAGUAAAGAUUGUGGUGUGGUCUGUCGAAGAGCGUAUUGCGAAGAAAGCGAGAAAUAGCGUGUACAAGAAGAGAGACUGUUGCACGAUGUGCUAGGAGAGUGGGGGAAGAAAUCGUGUUGUUUUUCUGAUAUUGUUGAGGUGUCAGAGAAUCCGGACAGGACGCAGCCAUGGGGCGGAAGAAGAUACAGAUCACCAGGAUCAUGGAUGAGAGGAACAGACAGGUUACUUUCACAAAGAGGAAGUUUGGCCUGAUGAAAAAGGCCUAUGAGCUGAGCGUACUAUGUGACUGUGAGAUAGCCCUCAUCAUUUUCAACAGCUCUAACAAACUGUUCCAGUAUGCCAGCACAGACAUGGACAAAGUGUUGCUGAAAUACACAGAGUACAACGAGCCCCAUGAGAGCAGAACCAACUCUGACAUUGUAGAGAAAUUGAGAAACAAAGGCCAUAAUGACUGUGCUAGUCCUGAUCCUGAAGACUGUUUUGGGCACAGCCCCCUCAUGGACGACCAUUUCGGCAAACUAAGCGAAGAGAGUGAUUUAAUGUACAAGCGCUGUGGUGCGCUAAACAAGAAAGAACACAGAGGUUGUGAUAGCCCGGACCCUGAUGCCUCAUAUGUCCUCACUCCUCACACUGAAGAAAAGUAUAAAAAAAUUAAUGAGGAGUUUGAUAAUAUGAUGAGAAAUCAUAAAAUCCCCACAGCAUUGCCUCAGCAAAACUUCUCCAUGCAUGUGGCAGUGCCUGUGUCCAAUCCUAAUGCCAUGUACCAGCCAGGAGGGACUCUGGGCAGCCAAGCCCUGGCAGCAGCUACAGCCUCCUUGAGUGACAGUGGGAUGCUGUCCCCUCCACAGGCCUCUCUGCACAGGAAUGUGGGCUCAAGUGGAGGACCCCAGAGGCCCCCCAGUGCAGGCAGUGCAGGAAAUGGUUUUGUUAACCCCAGGGGCUCUCCGGGCGUCCUCAGCACACCCAGCGGCAAUGGCCUGGGUAAAGUCAUGCCCACCAAGUCUCCACCACCCCCUGGAGGGAACAUGGGAAUGGGAAGCCGCAAGCCAGACCUAAGGGUGGUUAUCCCUCCAUCUAGCAAAGGGAUGAUGCCCCCACUGAACACCCAGAGGAUAAGCAGCUCUCAGUCCACCCAGCCACUGGCCACUCCAGUAGUGUCCGUCACCACCCCGAGCUUACCCCCACAGCCUGGCCUGGUCUACUCAGGCAUGCCCACCUCCUACAACCCUGCUGAGUUCUCCCUGAGCAGUGCAGAGAUCUCUUCCCUGCAGGGCUUCAGCUCUCCCGGGCUCUCACUGGGCUCCAUGUCGGCAUGGCAACAGCAUCAACUGGGCCAGGCAGCUCUUAAUUCUUUGGUUGGUGGAGGUCACCUACCUCAGGGCUCCAACCUCUCCAUCAACACCAGCCAGAGCAUAAACAUCAAGUCCGAGCCCAUUUCGCCGCCACGGGAGCGUGUCACCCCCUCUGGCUUCCCUCCUCAACAGCCGCAUCAAGGGUCCAGCCGACACGAAGUUCUGGGACGUUCACCUGCCGACAGCCUCAGCUCCUCCUGUAGCUCUUAUGACGGGAGCGAUCGUGAGGACCACCGGCCAGACUUCCACUCCCCGCUGGGGCUGGGAAGACCCCCUGCUGGCUCUGAGGACAGGGAGAGCCCCUCGGUCAAGCGCUUGCGCAUGGACACAUGGGUGACAUAAAGAGCCCCGAUCACGCCUCCAGUCACCAGCCAGUCAGAGAGAGGGAGGGGUUAGACAUGGAGAUAAAAGAAAGAGCAAGGGUCCUUAGAGCUUUUGUUAUGAUACUAUUAUCCAACUCCAUUUCAAUUUGUAAGACUGAGUGGAAAAUGUUAAAAGACGUGUCAGGACAUAUCUAAAGUAAAUUCUCAAGCUGAUCCAGUAAGAUUAAAACAAAUCUCAGUUAGCUGGACUGAAUUAUAUGCACAGGCAGGUGGUAUCAGGUACUUGGUGCAAUUUAGAUGGUGUUUGCAGAAAAAAGAUGUUCAGAGAAAAUUGUUUAAAAAUAGGCGGUAGAUUAUUGUAUUCACUGGUCUAGUCAGACACUUACAUGUAGUUGCUGUAUUGCUGUGCUUGCAAGUUGCAAUCAGAGAGCGUUGUGUUGCUUUCAGGCUGAGGGCCCUUACAUAUUAUGUUCACUGCAAGAACUGUAACCAUACAAGACCUUUAUCUCAAGUGGCCUCUUCUAACUUAUGUAUUCUGUUUAUCAGGAAAUACAGACAGAGUUAAUAAAUACUACACAGGAAUUUUGAUCACACAAUAAAUAAUUGCAACAUUUGAGACUACUUUAGUGAAUAAAUGAAACCAUACUGUUGAAGGUCAAAAUGAAAUAACAGAAUUUAUUGCAAUAAUGACAUCCAAUUCAUUUUAUAAUUUAAUAGAGUAGGAUAUAUAAGUGUGCAAUUAAGAUAAUGCGAACCUGUCCAGUUGAACUGGUGUGAAAAUAAACAUGUUCACGUUUGUGUAACAGUUCAUCAGUAAUAUAAGCCAAAGCUGUUCUUUUUGUGUUGUUUUGUACAGUUGCUAUGGUUUCCUAACAAUUCACUCAAAUGCACCAUUUCGUUCAUCAUAGUUUUAUUUUUUAUUGUGCUUUAUUGCAAACCGUGUAAAGUCAUGUAAACCAGAUCUUGAAUUGAUAUUCUAAAGCCAUGAACAUUUUGCUGUUCUGUUUGUAUAAUUGAACAUUUGAGCCAAACCUUUUAUUUUGUUGUGUAAAUAGCAACUUUAAUAUAUACCACCAGGGUGUGAGCACAUACUGAAUGUACUGUGCGAUCACCGUUUUCAAGAAAAGUAUAUUUUUGUGGAUUACAGCCAAGUUUACAAGAGUAGACCCUUAAAAAGUAGAUCAUUCACUGCUCAAUAUUUGCUAUUUUGUUAAUUUUACUGUAAUCUCUUCUAAAUUGAAUGAUCAGCAAAACCUCCCAUGUGUUUUUGUUUCAGAAGGUAAAUUCUUUAUUAGUGGUGACUGUUUUGUCCUGAAGACAUUGUUUUAACAAUGCUGUGAGGUUGAAGUUCCACUAUUUUCAUAUUUGUGAAGGAUGAUCACAAGGCUAGGGGAAAUAAGGUUUCUUCCCUCCUAUUGUGUUAAGCUUAUGUUAGUUGUAUACCAGCAGCUGCUGAAUACACUGCCAACAUUCAAACCCAAGGUCCCGGCCCCACACUGAAGAAUUAUCUAUUGUUACUGCAUGUAGCUCAACUGAAAGACAUGCCGUCUCUCAAGCCCUUUCCACUAUCCUGUUACUGGUUCAUUGAAUUAAAGCAGAAGACAGAAAGUGGCUGCCGACCUUCACACAAAACUGAUAAUGCCUGUGCUCGUAUGUGGUUGUAAAUAUCGCAGUCUACUGGAAAUGUCUGUCAUAAUGAUGUACAAAAAUACUCAUGUGUUUCCUUAAUUGGCCCCAGAAAUUGUAUCUUAUACCAAUGCUACUGUUACUAGUAAGGGUACUAUAGGUUAAGGAACCUUAGGAGCCAGAAAAGUGAAAAUAUGAAGGUGCUGAAGUCAUGUACGCGGAAGGUGAUGCUUGUGUCAGCGCACCGGCCAGCGACAGAAGGGGGGAAAGGGGGCUGUGACUUGUUUUCUUCUUCAUCAUCACGGAAGCAAAUAAUUCAGCAGCUAAUUUGUGACAACAACUCAAUGUCAUUGACUUUAAUCUCACUGCUGGACUGCACACAUUUGUAUGAGAAGUUUGCUGUACGAGAAAGGCAUCGCUGUGCAUUCGCCGGCACACCUCUUGUGUGUGUUCCUGAGGUUUCUGUUCCCCAUCGUCAAACUCCAUGGUAGUUCUCAGAAACACACCCGUAAAAGAUCUAUGCAGUUUUAUUCCCAAUUCACCUGACAUAUACGGAAUAUGAUGUCAUUACAGGCCAUAUUUAGUCCACAAAGCGUUGGUAAGAAGGGCAUCUGGGAGAUGACUGUUGCCUCUUAUCCUGAAGUGCCACAGCUGGAGGUUGCUGGACUACAAGUUACAUAUAAUGCAUUUUAUUAAAAGCUUUGAUUUGGAUACCCCGGGGCAAUCUCUUCAUAUUCAUAUGCAUUGCUAAACAUAUUUUACAUAACGUGUAGUAAUCCAUAAUGUAAUCCAGUUUAACACAGCUGGUGAAAAUAGCAAUAAUAAAUGACAAAAAUUGCCUGCCCCUCUUGGCAGCGCCACCUCGUAGUUGAGCACAUACUUCAGCACUUGAUAACAUAUCAGGGAAUUUUGUAGUUUCUCUAUCUACAGUAUAUGCACAGUUAGGAAAUGCCUUAUCCCAAAGACAAAUUCAGCCAUUUUUAUUUUUAUUUUCUCUCUGUAAAAACAGAAAAAAAGAAAAGACAAUUCAGAUAUCAUUUAAACUUGACCAGAUCUGCCUCUUCUCAGAAAAGACUCACACAAGAGAAUGCACGGUGAAUGCACUGUGAUACACUUUGCUCUGCCAAAUUGUGCACAACUGAUGAAUGUGAAAGAAAAGGGUAAUCAAUGAACCUUUGUAGAGGACUCUCUUCACUUUGCUGUGUAACAGUACACUGCUUUGCUUCAUGGCUUUUAUAAACAGAACUAUGUGUUUGGUAAGUGUUUGUAGUUGAUAGUUCACUUAACUAAAGAAGCUGUUUUCGGUUUGAGCGCUCAGACCGUUUGGCGGCACAAGCUGGACUUUGUUGCCAAUAAUGAAAUUAUUUGUUUCAAAAUCGAAAGAGAUUUUAAGUUAAUCUACAUUUUGUUUCCCUUGAAUGUGUUAUUUUAUUUUCAUCAUACAAUAAAUAUUCAAGUGAACUUUUUAUUAAACAAUUAAGAUACUAUGCUAGAUAUUGUUGUACAAAAUUUGUAUUCUUCACAAAAGUACAAAUAUUGGCUUUUAAUGUGUAAUUUAGGUUAUCUCUCUUAUUCUGUAUAAAAUGAAGUAAACAACUCUUACAUAGAAUUUGUUCUCCUGUGAAGUCCCAAACAGUAGAAACUGUCAACUUUAUUAAACACCUCAGUGUAUGCUCAAUCUGAA